ACUAACGUUCUUUGAGGAGACUGAGACACACUGCAGAGGUCAGAUAAGCCUCAGUUCUCUCAAAACAGUCUGGCAUCUGCCGGGAACCAUUUCUUAGCAAUAAUAACGCCUUUUCUUUUGCGUACUGAUUAUCCAAAACAAAUGCGUUAAAGAGGAAUAAUCUCCAUUUAACCUGGAGAUCUUGACAUAUCCAUUUCUUCAGUCAGUAAAGGUUACUGGUACAAGCGUGCACUUCAAGGGCAGCCCUGUCAGCACACCAACGGAACAGCCGGUGCUGGAACCCUGAACCAAAUUAUUACACUACCAAAACAGAAGGUAACUGAAGCAAAGCUGCCAUGCUAUAGGCAAAAUGAGAAAGGAAGAAUCCACAGUGGCACUGAUGUCCAAGUGAUGGAUUUUAUAUUAUGGAAAGACCUACAAAACCAGUGGAGAUGGUAAGAGAUACCAGCUUGAAACCAUUAAGUGUACUGUUCUUCCUCUGUUUGAACUGGAUUUUAAUAUUCUAUGGCUGGGCUGUGCCCAUGGCCCCAGAUUACCUGCAGCGUGGCUGGCAGAGACUAUUAGAGGAAGGAGAAGGUUGUGCAGAUUGUAAUGUAAGUGAGUGUCCAACCCCACGAGGGUGCCUUGCUGGAGUUGUUAAGGACCCUUGUGACUGUUGUUUCGAGUGUGCUAACUUAGAAAACCAGAUCUGUGAUCUGGAUAACACCAACCAUUUUUAUGGAAAAUGUGGAACAAACCUGGAGUGUCGCCUGGAAGUAAACCUGCACCAUGGUGAAGUGCCAGAACCUCAGUGCACUUGCACAUCAAAUAAAGCUGUCUGUGCAUCGGAUGGUAAGACUUACCCACAGAUGUGCAGAUUCCAAGAGAUGGCAAAUGCCCACCCAGAAAGCAACAUUACUGUAGUGCAUGAAGGCCCUUGUGAAUCAGUGCCUCAGAUAUUAACACCUCCAUAUGACACUUGGAAUGUGACAGGGGAAGAUGUGAUUUUUGGUUGUGAGGUUUUUGCAUAUCCAAUGGCAUCUAUUGAGUGGAGAAAGGAUGGAGGAGAGUCAUUUCUACCUGGUGAUGAUCCACACAUCUCAGUUCAGUUCAGGGGAGGCCCACAGAAAUUUGAAGUAUCUGGCUGGCUUCAGAUUCAACAAAUUCGAAUAACAGAUGAAGGCACCUACCACUGCUAUGCCAAGAACAAGAUUGGAGAGGCCACAGCAGCAGCCCGUUUAACAGUAUUUACACCAGAUCAGCUGAAAAACACAAAGCUACCACCAGCAGGAACACAUCAGCUGUCUAUGGAUGAAGACGAGGACACUGAAGAUGAUUACUAGAAGCAGUGCUGAAGUCAGAUUCAGUACAGCCUAAAUGCUGUAGAGGCCAAAGAGCUAUACAUGUGCUAUCCUCCAGUGACUUGGCAGUAGGCGCAAUCAGACUUUGUUGUAUUCCUGCCAGCUGGAUGUUCAAAGAGAAGAGGAGCCAGUAGUUAUGAUUCACUGUUUUGUUUCACCUGUUUGUAUUUUUCACUUUGCUAUUCUUUGUCCGCUAUUGUUUUAGUCAUGGUGAUGGGCUGUAGAAAUAGUAAGACAAAUGAUGUGCUUUUAGCAAUCUCCCAGUUUUUAACAGUGAGCCCCUUAAUACACUUUAAAGCCCUACUAUAGCACCAAGAAAAAAAGUUAAAUCUCAUGUCUAUGUAACAAUAGAAAAGAGCUAACAAUUACAGCCUUCUCUUGUUAUAUCAUGAUUAACAUAGCAUUUAUACACAAUUAUCAAAUAAAAGCAAAGACUAUGACAAACAUUAGUUUUAGCUGCUCUUAGUAAUCAUUUAAGAGACAGAUGUCAGAAAUUGCAUUGGUAGAUGAUUUAUUCAGUCCAGAAUAGUAAUGCUUUCGUCUUUAUUACAAGACUUCCUUUUUGAUAUCAUCUCCCCUUUGGUCAUUUCUGCAGCUUUACUCCAAACACCAUGGUGAUCCUGCCCCAUUGGCUGAAUUGUUUCCCUCUUUCUCUGGUGCCAAGUUAGCCACUCUCUUUGCAUAUCAUCUCCUAUUGGCUAUCUCUGUCACUCUAAUUCAUUCCAAUGGUCAGUUCUUUCUCUGUGUAUAACGUAUUGCCCCACACUAUGCAGGGGUCCUUUGUUAAAGUAUUUAAAAGCUGUGUUUGUGCUGAAAACAUUUAGAAUUGAAGAAAUUGUGUAGUGUUGUGGACUUAAUAAAGGCAAUCAUCUACAGAUGUGA